GCAUCGCGAAGGCUCUGUCUUUGAAGCGGCUGGUCCGUACGGUUGUCCUGGUUCUUACAAGUCGGCCUUUCAACAGCAUACACUGGCCCAUCAGGCGUACUCACAACUCGUUCGUAUUUCACCAUGUGCGGCCCAGAUACCUGUACCAAGCCCCGAGGCGGCGCUUUGGCCGUUCUCAACCAACCUUGCAGCCAGCACAGCCCGACAACACCGAAACAGCGACUUCGCGGAGAUCUCGCUUUUCACACGCCAGGUCAACCGGGAUGCUCUUUCGCGACGCAUGCGAGAAUCACAGGCGGCGAAGGUUGCGAUCUGCACUCGUUGUCCGAAAUGGUAGUCGUGAUACAUCAGUCCGGCGACCUCACUCGUAGACUUGAAGAUUGCGGCUUGUUUGAACGCUUCGCCUUCUCCGGUGCCUCCAUUCUAGAGAACGGUUCUAUACUGGAGUUAGCGUUGGAAAGACCAGUCUCGCUAGAAGUCGGUGAUGAUGGCAUCAUUGGCCGCAGAGUUUCUGUCUUUCCAGGGACAGGAAUGGAUCACGCAUGCGCUGAGGGCAUCGUUGGCUUCAACUUUGUCAACGCAUUGUGAAAGGAGUAGACCGCAUCUGACUUGAGGACCUUAUUUUAGCAUGGCAUUUGGCGUUUGAGCGAGAUUGGCAUUCAUUAUUAAUUUAUGAUUUUAGUCCGUAGACUACCUUCGACUCGGAAACUACAGCAUAAAAACCUAAGUCCGUUUGCAAAAUGAGUGCAUCGAUACAUUUGAUUGAUGAAAUUCAUGCACACUAUGUCACAGAGCACUUGGGCUAGAAAUAUUGGUCUACGAGACAUACCCACCACCGACCUAUUUGUGCUUUGAAAUUACCCGCAAG